GAGAGAAAGAGUAGAUUCACAAGAUUGAACUAUCUGAUAGAUAGAGACUGUCAACUGUGGUUCGUGGGAACGGGUUUGAAGGAAGUUAAAUCAACUAACUGUAGAUUGUUUUGAGUGUAUCUACAGCUAGUUGUAUCAGAAAUGGCGACUCCGAUGGAGGAAGCAAGCCCUACCGAAUCGGAGUGUAUGACUACCGAUUCGGAAGCAAGUCGAGGGAAAUCAAGAACACCUAGGUUAGUGAUUGAAGAAAUUAUUAUGAGGAACUUCAAAUCCUACGCCGGUGAACAACGAGUCGGUCCUUUUCACAAGAGUUUUUCUUCUGUGGUUGGUCCGAACGGAAGUGGGAAGAGCAACGUGAUUGAUGCUAUGCUCUUCGUAUUUGGUAAGCGAGCGAAACAGAUGCGUUUGAACAAAGUUUCAGAACUAAUUCACAACUCCACUAACCAUCAGAAUCUCGAAAGUGCUGGUGUGUCAGUUCAGUUUCAGGAGAUUGUUGAUUUGGAUGAUGGUACAUAUCAAGUUGUUCCGGGAAGUGACUUUAUGAUAACUCGGGUUGCUCUCCGUGACAACACCUCAAAAUAUUACAUUAAUGACCGUGGGAGUAACUUUACGGAGGUUACAAAGAAAUUGAAAGGCAAAGGGGUGGACUUGGACAAUAACCGAUUUCUGAUUCUACAGGGGGAAGUUGAACAGAUAUCUCUAAUGAAGCCAAAGGCACAGGGACCCCACGACGAAGGUUUUCUUGAAUAUCUUGAGGACAUAAUUGGAACAAAUAAAUAUGUAGAGAAGAUCGAUGAGUCCAGCAAGCAACUUGAAGAACUCAAUGAAAAGAGGUCUGGUGUGGUGCAAAUGGUGAAGUUAUCAGAGAAAGAAAGAGAUAGCUUAGAGGAUGCCAAGAAUGAAGCUGAAGGGUACAUGUUAAAGGAGUUGUCAUUGCUGAAAUGGCAACAGAAGGCAACAGGAAUGGCUUCUGAGAAUGCUAGCUCUAAGAUUGUUGAAAUGCAAACAACUAUAUCCCAACUGGAGGAAAAUCUGAAAAUAGAAAAGGAGAAGAUUGGACAGAGUAAUAAAACACUGAAGGAACAAGAAACCUUGCACCAGAAGCAAAUGAAGAGACAAGAGGAGCUUGAAGGUAAUCUAAGAGUUUGUAAGGAAGAAUUUAAAGAGUUUGAAAGGCAGGAUGUCAAAUUCAGAGAAGAUCUUAAGCACAUGAAACAGAAGAUAAAGAAACUUGAUGAGAAAGCUGAGAAGGACUCAUCAAAGAUCAAUGAUAUUACAAAGGAAUCUGAGAAUGCUGCAACUUUGAUCCCACAACUGGAGGAUUGCAUUCCUAAAUUGCAAAUCAGUCUACUUGAAGAAGAGAAAGUCUACGAGCAAAUUAAAGAGAACUCAAAAGCUGAAACUGAGAUUUUGCACAAGGAGCUUGCUAAAGUUCGUACUGAACUGCAACCUUGGGAGAAACAAUUAAUUGAUCACAAGGGGAAACUAGAAGUCACAUGUACAGAAAUCAAACUCUUGAUGGAGAAGCAUGAAGCUGGCCAUAAAACCUUUGUGGAUGCUCAAAAGCAAUUGGCUGAGAUAGAAAGGGAGAUAGAAACAAAGACUGCUGAAGACACCCGCAUUCGGAAAGCUUUGGAGGAAAAUAAGCAUGCAAUAGUAGAAGCCCGUAAGAAAGAACAAACUUAUCUCAAUGAACAAGAGAAACUAAUUCCUCUUGAACAGGCUGCAAGGCAGAAAGUUACUGAGCUUCUAUCUGUUAUGGAAUCUGAGAAAAGUCAGAGUUCUGUGCUGAAAGCAAUUUUACAUGCCAAGGAGACGUCCCAAAUUGAGGGAAUCCAUGGUCGAAUGGGUGACCUUGGUGCUAUUGAUUCAAAAUACGACGUUGCAAUUUCAACGGCAUGCCCUGGACUUGAUUACAUUGUUGUCGAAACUACGGAGGCAGCCCAAGAAUGUGUACAGUUGUUGAGGAAAAAUAAUCUUGGUAUUGCCACUUUUAUGAUUUUGGAGAAACAAGUUGAUCAUAUAUAUGAAAUGGAGAAAAAAGUAACCGCACCGGAGGGAGUUCCACGUCUCUUUGAUUUGGUCAAUGUUAAAGAUGAGAGAAUUAAACUUGCUUUCUAUGCUUCCCUGCGUAACACUUUCGUGGCUAAAGAUAUUGAUCAGGCAACAAGAAUUGCUUAUGGCCCAAGGAAUGAACUUCGACGUGUUGUGACCCUUGAGGGUGCUCUAUUUGAAAAAUCUGGUACUAUGAGUGGAGGAGGAGGUAAGCCACGUGGUGGUAAGAUGGGGACUUCAAUUCGAGCCACUAGUGUUUCUGGAGAGUCUGUAUCAAGUGCUCAAGCUGACCUUUCUUCCCUGGUUGAAAAAUUGAGCAAUCUAAGACAAAACGUAGUUGAUGCUGUGAGGCGUUAUCAGGCAUCAGAAAAAGCAGUUUCAAAUUUAGAAAUGCAACUAGCAAAAGCCCAGACGGAGAUUGAAAGUUUAAACUCACAGUACCAUUAUCUUGAGCAACAACUUGGUACUUUGAAAUCUGCAUCAGAACCAAGGAAAGAUGAACUUGAUAAGCUGAAGGAGCUAAAGAAAGCUAUAUCGGCCGAAGAGAAAGAAAUUGAAAGGCUCACCACUGGGUCUAAGCAGCUAAAAGAAAAGGUGAUGGAACUCCAGAACAAAAUUGAGAAUGCGGGUGGUAAAAGAUUGAAAACUCAGAAGGAAAAAGUAGAGAAGAUCCAAUCUGACAUUGAUAAAAGCAGUACGGAUAUUAACCGUCACAAAGUUCAGAUAGAGGCAGGUCAAAAAAUGGUAAAGAAGUUAACGAAGGCAAUUGAUGACUCGGAGAAAGAGAAAGAACGACUCACCACAUUGAAGGAGACAUUACUCGCCACCUUUAAAGACAUUGAACAGAAAGCUUUUGCUGUUCAAGAAAAUUACAAGAAUAUACAGGAGAUGAUAGAACAACAUAAAGAUGUGCUUGAUAAAACAAAAACAAAUUAUGAGAAAGAGAAGGCAAUUGUGGACAGAUUGCGUUCUUCUCAGGUUGAUGAUGAGUACAAGUUGCAAGAUAUGAAGAAAUCUUACAAGGAAUUGGAAAUUAGGGAGAAAGGAUACAAAAAAAAGCUUGAGGAUCUGCAUGUUGCCUUUACAAAGAAUAUGGAACAGAUAAAGAAAGAUCUAGUUGAUCCAGAAAAGCUAAAAGCAACACUAUCGGAUAAUGCUCUUUCUGAAGCUUGUGACUUGAGAAGGGCCCUUGAAACUGUUGCACUAAUUGAAGCACAACUGAAGGAGAUGAAUCCGAAUCUUGAUUCCAUUGCUGAAUAUCGGGGUAAAGUAUCUGCAUAUAAUGAACGUGUAGAAAAUCUUAACUCCAUAACUCAAGAGCGUGAUGAUACGAAGAAGCAAUAUGAUGAAUGGAGAAAGAAAAGGUUAGAUGAAUUCAUGGAGGGGUUCAACAGAAUAUCCUUGAAAUUGAAGGAGAUGUAUCAGAUGAUCACACUUGGAGGUGAUGCAGAACUUGAGCUAGUAGACUCACUGGAUCCUUUCUCGGAAGGUGUUGUUUUUAGUGUUCGACCACCCAAGAAGAGUUGGAAGAAUAUUGCUAACCUCUCGGGUGGCGAGAAGACUCUCAGCUCAUUAGCUCUUGUAUUUGCGCUUCAUCAUUAUAAACCCACCCCACUUUAUGUUAUGGAUGAAAUCGACGCAGCUCUGGACUUCAAGAAUGUUUCUAUCGUUGGCCAUUACAUCAAAGACCGUACAAAAGAUGCACAAUUCAUUGUUAUCAGCCUUAGGAACAACAUGUUUGAGUUAGCUGAUCGACUAGUUGGAAUUUAUAAAACCGAUAACUGCACCAAGAGCAUCACAUUCGAUCCUGGGAGUUUUUCUGUGAAAAAUGUUUCUUAGUUACAGUUUGAUGAUCUUUUAUCUGCAGUCUGUUUUUGUAAGAAAAUGGAAAACUGAGCAAAUUCCAUUGACCAUGUAUGUUAAAAGUUUGUUCAUAUGUCCCAUGAACAUGGAACAUUUAUUUAGAAUAUAAUCCACUCAAAAUUUUAAGUUUGAUUCUCGUUUAG